AUGGCACUUUCAGAAACAGUUCAAUCAGUCAGUGGUAGUCUAGCUUCAAUCCCAUGGAGUAUUCUUGCCGUGCUUACGACAUUCCUCGCAUUAUACUGGAGGAUGAUGCCUCACCCGAUCCCGGGGAUUCCAUACAACAAGAAAUCCGCAUGGAAACUGUUAGGAGAUGCCCCCGACAUGAUAAAAGAGGUCAGCGUUAGCAGAGAGCUCAAUGUCUGGCUGGCCAAGCAAGUCUAUCAACUACAAGCCCCACUAUGUCAGGUCUUCGUGGAGCCAUUUUCUAAGCCCUGGGUGCUCCUCGCCGACUCAGCUGAGGCUCAGGAUAUCAUGAUACGACGGCCGGAGUUUGACCGUUCCAACUUUAUCACUGACGGCUUGGGCCCAUUGGAUGACUUCCAUGCCCGUAUGAAGGUUGGCUCAGUCUGGAAGACAACUCGAGCAUGGUUGCAGGACCUCAUGAGUCCGAGCUUCCUGAAUAAUAUCGUUAGCCCAGUCAUGUACGACAACUCGCUUCAUCUGGUGAACUUUUGGCAAGAAAAGGCUCGCCUAGCAAAUGACCGGCCCUUUGACGCCAACGAAGACUUGAAUCAUAGCGCCCUCGAUGGUAUGCUUUCUUUUGUUUUCGAUCGGCAUUUUGAGCAUACUGCCCUUGGCCCUCAAGUCGAGGCUGCCUCCAAGCUUGACCCUUCAACUGUUAAAGUUGGCGCCCUUGGAGAGGUGGAAUUCCCAGAAGGAAAACACCAUAUGUUCAUCAGCGCGCUCUAUGAUACGGUAGAUGCAAUUGAUAAAGUGACCAAGUCCAUGUCACCAAGAUUUACUAUGUGGUGGCUGCGUCAGACGCCUCGGUAUAGAAACGUCACAGCUAUAAAGAGACGCGUUGUCCGGGAACAAGUGCAGAGUGCCCUAGCUAGAUUUCGUGCGACAGGGGAAACCAAAACUGCGAUUGAAUAUAUGUUAAUGCGUGAAACGAAGGCUGCUGAAAAGCAGGGUCGAAACCCGGACUACGAAAAUACUACCAUGAUGGAAGAGAUUGCUGCGCAAUUUAUUGCCGGUCUACAUACAACCAGCACCACUCUUGCUUGGUCUUUUAUCUACAUGACCCGCUACCCGGAGAUUCAAACCAAGCUACGAGAGGCGCUGUUUUCUACAUAUGCGGAUGCCCACGCAGAAAAGCGCCCUCCUUCACUAGCAGAGCUGAACAAAACGCGAGUUCCAUACCUCGAAGGUGUAUUGGAAGAGGCUCUUCGGUUGCACGCGACAAGUGUAGCGCGACAAGCCGUUCGUGAUACUGAAGUUUUCGGCCAUCAUAUUCCCAAAGGCACCAAUAUUGUUAUGAUCGCCAACGGGCCAGGAUUCCAUGCACCGUCGCUUUCUGUCGACGAAAAGCUGCGUGGCAAAACCACCAAGGCGAAUACCUGGGAUGAACGCGACCUGACAGUAUUCAACCCAGAGCGUUGGCUCGAGUACAAGAAAUCAAGCUCUGGGGAGGAUGAGGUUGAAUUCAACGCAAACGCAGCUCCUCAGAUUGCCUUUGGCUUGGGUCCGCGCAGCUGUUGGGGUCGUCGACUCGCAUACUUAGAGAUGCGCAUGGUAGUAACCCUUAUUAUUUGGAACUUCGAUCUUCUCCCGGUUUCUGCGGCUCUGGCUGCACCGAAGGCGAGCUAUGGCAUUGUUCACAGGGCGGAUCAAUGUUUCUUGAGGCUGAAGAGUAGGAAAUAG